AUGGGGGAAGAAAAUAAGGGUUCUCAUGGAGGAGAAGGAGAAGGAGGGCCAACUGCCCGAUCGCAGUCUAUGAGCUCCUCUGUAUCGACCAUUGCACUGCCUCAAGCCGUUGCAGUGUUAACCAACAGCAGCUGGAGGAGGGAAAGCGAAGAUGGUUUAAGAAAUUCAAACGAUGCUUAUAGCAUGGCUUCCGGGGACGACACAGACGUUGAGAUGGGUCCUGACGUUGUGGCAACUCCCAAGGACGCCGUUAUAGAUCCAGACAGCUAUCCAGACGGUGGCAUAGAGGCAUGGACCGUUGUCUUUGGCGGCUUCUGUGCACUCUUCGUCAGCUUCGGAUGGAUUAACUGUGUUGGUAUCUUCCAGGACUACUAUCAAGCCCACGACCUCAAGUCAUACUCUCCAAGCGCAGUGGCCUGGAUCCCUUCUCUAGAACUCUUCAUGAUGUACCUUGUUGCACCUCUAUGUGGCAAAGGCUUUGACAACUUUGGCCCACGGUAUCUCCUAAUAGGUGGCUCGCUAUUCCAUGUAUUCGGUCUCAUGAUGACCUCUCUCUCUACUGAGUAUUACCAGAUCCUCCUUGCCCAGGGUAUCUGCAGUCCAUUUGGAGCCGGGUUUCUCUUCUAUCCAACUAUGAACAGCACCGUCACCUGGUUCUAUAAGAAGCGUGCCCUUGCCGUGGGUAUCGUUGCCAGUGGCUCCAGUCUUGGAGGAAUCAUUAUGCCAAUCAUGAUCACCAAGCUCAUCCCCAUGCUUGGUUUCCCUUGGACGAUGCGUGUCUGUGCCUUCUUGAUCCUCGGACUGUGCAUAGUAGCAUGCAGCUGCGUCAAAGCUAGGAUUCCUCCCCAUCCUAGGCCUCUGGUUCUCAAAGAAUUCUUCACGCCCUUCAUGGAGCUGCCAUUUGUCCUUCUUACGGCAGCGACCUUCAUCUACUGCUUCGGCAUGUUCUUGCCAUUCACCUUCCUAGUCUUACAUGCAAGGAGAUACGGCGUACCAGACAGUCUCGCGAGUUAUCUGGUGUCGAUAUUUAACGCAGCGAGUAUCCUUGGACGGACCGUCCCCGGCUACGUUGCAGAUCGCAUUGGGCUCUUCAACGUGGUAAUCAUCAUGUCCUUCUUCAGCGUCAUCGUUGUCUUCGCCAUAUGGAUACCCUCACGUGGCACCAUUCCAGACGUGAUAUUCGCAAUCCUCUUUGGUUUCGGAUCUGGCUCCCUUGUCUCCCUGCCACCCAGUCUUGUCGCACACAUCUCAGACGUGCGCCAAAUCGGCGUCAGAAGCGGUUCCAUGUUUGCUACUGUCUCGAUAGCCGUGCUUCUAGGCAACCCCCUUGGCGGAUCCCUAGUCCCUGAUGUCGUCCAUGGUGAUUACUGGAGAAUGCAGGUAUUUUCUGGUUCGAUGCUGCUGGUUGGCAGCAUGUUCUUCGUCUUCACCCGCAUGAGGCUGGCUGGAACAACCAUCAUGAAGAAGAUAUAA